GGGAGGGCAGCCGUUUUUUUUCCCCCCCGCCGGGGCCCCGGGUGACCGGCCUUUUUUGGGUGGCCGCGCCUCGGCCGCGGCGCAUCUCUGCGGCCUAGGCACAUCUCCGCUCUCGUAGUCUUUACUUUUUGCGCGUUCCGGGGUUUCCUUCUAUCAAACAUGGCCAGCAUCGCUAUCGUCCCUGAGGACCAGGUCCACGACGUUGUCGACGUCGCUGACGUUGAGGAGUCGUCCGAGCACGGCCACUCCCACUCCCACGGUGAGCACGGCCACAGCCACUCUCACGGCGAGCACGACCACGCCGCCGAGACCGGUGCCAACGCCGUCGCCCGCCACCAGGCCCGCCUGGUUGAGGCCUUCGACAAGCUGAACAUGAAGCCCCUGCCCGACACCGUGCGCGUCCAGUUCGCCAACGCCCGCCGUGCCCAGAUCGUCAUCGAUCAGCCGACCAUCUACCAGGCUUCCGCCACCAUGUUCGUCAUCCUCGGCCAGCCCCGCAUGGAGAACCCCAACACCCUGAACCAGCAGGCUCUGGAGCAGCUCCGCGCCCUGAUCGAGUCCCAGCAGGCCGCCGCCAAGGCCAACCUUGCCGCCGGCGGUGACGACGAUGAGGAGAUCACUGGCGACUUCCCCGAGGAGGAUGUCGCCCAGGUCAUGGAGCAGGCUGGUGUCGACCGCGCCACCGCUGUCCGUGCUCUGGCCAAGAACGGUGGUGAGAUCAUCGCCGCCAUCAUGAACGCCUCGGCUUAAGUGUGCCGGAGAGCCUUUGCUUCGUUCUGCGCGCGCUCCCUCCCUCCCUCCCUGCGCGCGCAGCUCGUUUGUGUACUCUCUCUCCCUCUCACCUCACCCCCCCC